AUGAGCACUCUGAUCGGGCAUGGCCAUCCUGAGGUCGUGAAAGUGAUCGCGGAUCAUGCGCAACAUCUCGAUCAUCUUUUCAGUGGGAUGAUCAGUCCCCCAGUCAUCAAUCUUGCGAAACGGUUAACUGGCGUUGCGCCGGCUGGGCUCGACAAAGCUUUCUUUCUCAGUACGGGCGGCGAAGCGAACGAAGCCGCGAUCCGGCUGGCCAAAUUCUACACUGGCAAAUGGGAGAUUGUUGGUCUGGCUGCCUCAUGGCACGGCAUGACAGGCGGAUCGCUCGGUGCGCAGUAUCACGCUGGACGUUCAGGUUACGGUCCAAACAUGAUUGGGAACCUAGCACUGCCGACCCCAAACUCCUAUCGAUCGAUCUUCAGACACGCUGAUGGUACGCAUGAUUGGAAGACUGAGUUGGACUACGGUUUCGAUCUUGUAGACAAACAGUCCUGCGGCUCACUCGCAGCGGCUAUCGUUGAGCCGAUCCUAUCGAGUGGCGGUAUGCUGGAGCUUCCCCCUGGAUAUCUGAAGGCCUUGAAGGACCACUGUACCGCUCGAGGCAUGCUUCUCAUUGUUGAUGAAGCACAGACAGCACUUGGCAGAGCUGGCGAUAUGUUCGCAUUCACACACCACCCCGAGGACGAAAGCGUAGUACCGGAUAUCGUGACACUCAGCAAGACGCUUGGAAAUGGCAUACCGCUCAGUGCUGUCUUAACUUCGAACCCCAUCGCCCAGCAUGCCAAAGACAACGGUUUCUUGUUCUACACUACCCAUAUCAACGAUCCCCUUCCAGCUGCUGUGGGCGACAAGGUUCUCGAGAUCGUCAUGAGAGACGAGCUCUGCGCUCGUUCCAAGAGGCUCGGUGUCAAGCUCCAAGCAGGACUCAGGCAAUUGCAGUCACGCUACGGUUGCAUUGGGGACGUUCGUGGUCGCGGUCUGAUGGCUGGAAUGGAGAUUGUUGGCGACAGAAAGACAAAGGUCGGUGCCCCAGAAGUAGGAGCCGCAGUGUCAACAAAGAUUGCAGAGAUGGGCUUGUGGGCUCAGCUAGCCACGAUGGCUUCGUUUGGUGGAGUGUUCCGGAUAGCGCCUCCGAUCACGGUUACGGAGGAGCAGAUCGAUCUCGCCUUGUCAAUCAUUGAGGAAGCGCUUGCGACGACUCCAGGUACGAUGCCGCUCUACACUGAUGUCGCCGCGCAUUUGUAA